AUGAAGUCUCUGGUCAUCAAGUGCACAUGGCCUUUGCCAUUGCUGUUGUUGCUGCCACUGAAGCUGCAGGGGAACUACUGGGAUGAAAAGGAAUAUGAUCUAGAGCCAGGACUACGUGAAUUCUUUAGGGAAAUUGCGAGUACAGGGCCUACCAAACCACCUACCAGAGAAAGAAUCAUAGAAAUGAUCACUGUUGGCGAACGACCUUUGAAUGAUUUUGAUUACUGCAACGCUGAACUCAGGGCCAAGCAGAUUCACGAUAAGGGGCGCUGCUACCCAGAGCGCUACAUUGUAGAAAUGUCUUACGGAGAGCUGUCAAAAGCCUGUUAUGGUGAACGAGUGCAGUGUAAGAAUGGCGUGAAAUUUUGCAGAAGAAGCAUGCAUCUAACAGACGGAGUGCGGUGUGUUUUAGAAAGUGGAGAGCGGAUGGCAAACUGCUUGUACACAACCAUCCACAUGACCGGUUAUCCAGUCGUCACAUGUCAAUGGGACAAAGAAUCCCAAGAAUUUAUUCCUAACUAUAUACAUAAUAUGUCACUGCCUGAGUAG